AUGGAGAAUACCAAUGCAAGGAAUGUAGAUAAGUCAGAAUCUUCUAAUGCCAGAAUAGAUUGGUUAGAAAGAAUGGUGGAAGCUUUAACUGGGUUGGAGAGACAACAACAAGAGCAAAACCAACAACAACAGAGACAACCAUUUCCGCCUCCUCCUCCGCAACCUGUUCAAAUGGAACCGAACAAUAAUGAUGACAUCAUCACUCUGACACAGAAAUACAAGAAAAUAAAACCACCAAAAUUCUCAGGGGGUAUUGAACCGUUAAAAGCGAAGGCAUGGGUGCUUGAAACUGAAAAGAUCAUUGAAGUGUUUCUGUGCACUGACGCGUAUAAAGUUCUGUUUGCAACAUUUACUCUGAAAGAAGAAGCUAGAAGAUGGUGGAUGCUCGUUCGAGAUGAGAAUAAGGACUUGACAUGGGAUCGAUUCAAAGAAAUGUUUUAUGAAAAAUACUUCCCACAAUGCCUUCGAGAUAGGAAGGUAUCUGAAUUUGAACAGUUGAAGCAAGGUACAAUGUCAGUAGCAGAGUAUGAAGCUAAAUUUACUGAAUUUGCCCGAUAUGCUCCUCAUAUGGUUGAUACAGACUACAAAAAAGCAAGAAAAUUUGAGGGUGGCUUACAUGUCGAAGUUCUUGACCGGGUGAAUGUUUUGAAAUUGGUAAAGUAUGUUGAUGUACUUGACAAGGCCUUGAUGUCUAAAGCAAAUAUUGCUACCUUGAAAAUGUCCAAGUCAACAAUAACGACUGAAAGAGAAAGUAAGAGAUUUAAGAAACAGAAAGUGGAAAUGGUUAGUGAAUCAAUGACCUCCGUGAAUGAGAAUUUGAACUCAAGUAUUGGUGAUAAUACAAAGAGGGGAAGUAGUAGAAGUGUUGGUAUACCCACUUGUAGGGAAUGUGGGAAGCAGCAUUGGGGCAUUUGCCGCCGUGUAUCUGGAGCUUGUUUCAAAUGUGGACAGAAAGGACACUUGGCCAAAUCUUGUCCACAAGCCUAUCCAAGCAAUGAGAGACCUGUUACUAGUGGGGUUAAAUCAACAAUGACACCGAGAACAACCACAACAUCUACUCCUGAGGGGAACACGUUGAGGCAAGGAAGGGUUUAUACCCUAGUUUCAAAAAAGACACAGAAUAUUGGAACAGCGAAUGCAGGUCAAGACUCGAAGACCGUGCAACCGGUUUUGGCAACCCACUAUGAGUAA